AGUUGCUGCUGUCUUAAAUUUUUAUUUUAUUUAUUUAGUUUUUUCAAUCACAACUUGGCAAAGUUUUAUUUCAGUUAACUGGCGGCGUUUUUGGUGUAAAGUUUAUUAUUAAAUAAAGUUCUUAAGAAAAUAAUAAAAACAACAAAUUAAAGAUUUUUGCAAUAAUGGCAUUGAAUUUUUAUUAUAUUAUUGCUGUUGUGUUUUUCUUAAGCCUUCGGGAUUAUGUGAAAAGUGAAGAUAAAUUUUUAACAGAUUCGCCAGAUACAUCAAAGGUUGUCAGAUUGCUGAUAAGAACUUCACCCAAUGUUCUACUGAAAGUAUACAAAAGCUAUUUGAUAAACUAAAUGGAGGCAUUCCCGGUUUGGAUAGCAUCAAAAGUUUCGAUCCAUUCUACUUGAAUCGCAUUAAAAUUACCCAAGGCAAUAGUCAGGCGAUUAACUUGAAAGUCGAACUAUCAAAUGUAAAAAUUAUAGGUUUUGGUCAUACCAAUGUGUUGGAGAGUGCAGUCUCUUCCAAAGAUUUUAGUUGGAAAACUACUUUCGUUUUACCAGUAAUGAAAUUACAGGGAGAUUACAGUCUGUUUGGCAGAAUAUUGUUGAUACCCUUGAAUGGUAGAGGUGAAGUUUUUUUGGAUGCGGAAAACAUGACUGUGGUAAUGCAUACCAAGACCAGAUUGUACGAAAAGGGAGGAUUUACUUUUUACAAUGUUACCAGCACCCAUGUGGACUUUAAAUUGGAGGGUCUAAAAUCGUAUUUCUCUAAUCUUUUCAAUGGACAAAAGCAAUUGGAGGACAGCACUAAUAAAUUCUUCAAUGACAACUGGCGCAUGUUAACCGAUGCUUUAUAUACCGUCAUCACCCAAACCAUCCAGGAUAUUUUACUAGAUGUUUUGAGAAAAAUUUUCCACUUCAUACCGGCCAAUUUCUUUGUCACCGAUAUACCCACCUCAGAGCAGUUGUAUGGUAAAGCAAAACCUAAAAAAUCUUAAUUAAUAGUUAUUCUUAUCAAUUGUUAAACAAAUGUAAAUAUUUAAGCAUUUUAUUGCAAUAAAGUGUUAAAGUAAUAUUAAGUAAUCUAUAGAUUGUUGGCAGAUUGUGUAAUGUAUAUAUAAUGUAAAUAUUUCGUUAAAUAAAAUUCGUUAAAUUACUUAA